AUGACUGUGUCUCUCCGGGAAAAAUCCCGGCACAAGCUUUAUGGUCGUGUGAAAGACAUGUCCUGGAGCAAGGUUGAGGAAGUCUGGACUCUGGGCGGGCGUAUUGAUUCUCCCGAGUCCAACAGGGGCUUUGAGUACCUUCAGAAACUGUGGACUCUGUUACAGAUUGGUAAUGGUCCACAUCCGCUUGGUAUACAUUUGGUGUGGAACUACGAGACAAAGGCCGGUCUCAAAGUGCCAGCAACCAAGAUUUACUUGCCAGUCUAUGGUCUCAAUGACCAGGAUAAUGUGCGAGCCAUCGCUCAAUAUCUCACGCAAAUUGGACUUGAUGCUCAUGGCAGUGCCUAUGAGCAAACUGUAGGAGACUUUUUCCCCGAUUUAAAUCUAAACCAAACAGACCGUCUCAUUUGCUGGGUGUCAUUCGCCUAUACAGAGAAAACGGGAGUGUAUCAAGUGUUUACUAUCACUCUUGUUUGA